CUGAGAGAAGGGGAAAGAGAUGGAAGAGCAGAACCCAGAAGGACCUGGGACUGGCAAGGCAGCAACUGAAAGCCUCCAUCCCACCCAAGCCGGGAGUGAUGUUGAAUUCUGGGAACCCCUGGUGACAGUUAUCCAUGAUCAGCUCACUGCCAUCUCAGAUGUAGAUUGCAGACACUUCCGGCAAUUCUGCUACCAUGAGGCUGAUGGGCCCCGAGAGGUCUGCAGCCAGCUCCAUGGACUUUGCAGCCAGUGGCUGAGGCCGGAGAGGCGCACCAAGAAGCAGAUUGUGGACCUGGUGAUCCUGGAGCAGUUCCUGACUGUAGUGCCCCAGGAAAUGCAGAGCUGGGUCAGAGGAUGUGGGCCGGAGACCAGUUCCCAGGCGGUGGCCCUGGCCGAAGGCUUCCUCCUGAGUCAGGCGGAGGAGAAGAGGCAGGCAGAACAGAUGUGGGCACCAUCCAUGAAGACAGAAGCUGCAAUUCCUGAGGCAGAAGGAGCUUCCUUGGAGCAAGUGCAGAGGGCGCAGGCCACGGAGCAGGCCCAAGAUGCCCUCUGCUGUGGUAAAGACCUGUCGUGGCUGGGUGCAACCGUGGCACACUGUGAAACUGAUGGGGAGAAACUAUAUUCUUACAUUUGCUCCCGCAAUAUGGUAACUCUCGAUCAGUUAAAGUCUAGCCAAAAGAGUGUGGUUUUACAGGCCUCGCAGAACUGGGUGAGGUCCCUCAAGGCCAUCGCGUCCUCCGGUAGCUGGUUCCACCACCCACUGCUAAGGAUCAUGCUUGCAGCAAGGUGCCUGGGAGCAAUCCUGCAACUACCUAUCUUUGUUAUCAGCAAGCAGCUGGCGUCAGGCCAGGAGACCGUGCACUUUGCCAUCUUGUCUGUAGCUCUGUUCUCCGCCUCCGUCUGCAGUGCUUUAAUUUUGUGGGUGAUACCGGAGGGCUCGUAA